UCUUUGCAUUAGGGUUUCGCUUCAGGCUGCGGAUUUCAUCUUUUUCCCCCUUUUCUUUCGAUUUUUUUAUCCGAGAAUUAAUAGUUUGAUACAGUGAAGAUGUCGCCGGUUGAUUCUUCGAGGGAGGAAAACGUUUACAUGGCCAAGUUGGCCGAACAGGCUGAACGAUAUGAGGAAAUGGUGGAGUUCAUGGAGAAAGUUGCCAAGACUGUGGAUGUCGAGGAGCUGACUGUUGAGGAGAGGAAUCUCCUAUCUGUUGCUUACAAGAAUGUUAUCGGGGCUCGGAGGGCCUCGUGGAGGAUUAUUUCUUCCAUUGAGCAGAAGGAAGAGAGUCGGGGAAAUGAGGACCAUGUUUCAGUUAUCAAGGAGUACCGUGGCAAGAUCGAAAAUGAGUUGAGCAAGAUCUGUGAUGGGAUUUUGAGCCUACUUGAGUCUCAUCUCAUCCCAUCAGCCUCAUCUGCUGAGUCAAAGGUGUUUUAUCUCAAAAUGAAGGGUGAUUACCACAGGUACCUGGCCGAGUUUAAGACUGGAUCUGAGAGGAAGGAAGCAGCUGAGAGCACGUUAUUAGCCUACAAGUCUGCUCAGGAUAUUGCACUUGCUGAAUUGGCUCCUACUCAUCCAAUUAGGCUCGGUCUCGCUCUUAACUUCUCAGUAUUUUAUUAUGAGAUCCUUAACUCGCCAGACCGUGCUUGCAAUUUGGCAAAGCAGGCUUUUGAUGAAGCAAUUUCUGAACUUGACACAUUGGGUGAAGAAUCAUACAAGGAUAGCACCUUGAUCAUGCAACUCCUCCGAGACAACUUGACCCUUUGGACUUCUGAUAUAACGGAUGAUGCUGGAGAUGAGAUUAAGGAAGCAUCAAAACGCGAAUCAGGGGAGGGACAGUAGUUUGCCUUGUUGAUGAGUUGAUAGGAGUCGUACUCUGUACCUUUUUUUUUCCUCUUGAAAUGUCGCGACCCUGUUUUAGUGUUGUUAGUGGUACGUGGGUUGUUGGUAGUUCUGAAUGAAUGAAAUGUGUUUGGUUGAUGGGUUUGGCUUUUGAGUGCGAGAUCUGGAUGGAUUGGAAGCACUUUUAGGGCCUUUGAAGAAUACUCCAACAAGAGUAUAAAUGUGCUUUUAUUGUUUAUGAGAUGAAUUUGGAUGUCUGGUGUUUUGAGUGUGCUGCUAUGGAACAUGAUUUUUUGUUCAAACAAAUUGCUCUCUCUGUUCUUCACUGUCUCUA